AUGUUCCAGGAUGAAGUACCACUUGAGGAACCUGAAGAAGCAAAUAGCUUUAAGGAAAAUGACCAACAUCCCUCAACAUCCUCUGCUGUUCCUCGUCCCCAAAGACAAGCUGCAGCACUUUGUAAUGUAAAAAUGAGGGAUUGGCUAAUUCCAAAAUCAAACAUACAGCAAAACAGUGUAUUGACUGUUGAGAGCUCUGAUGAUGAUUCCCUUCCAGAUAUUCCAGACACUUACAGGAAUUAUGUUGAUGUAGCAUGUAUUUCAUCCGAUUCAUCCUCUGAAUCAGAAAUAGACAAAACAAAUUAUCCUGAAUUGACUGCAGAGCCUGAGGAAGCUGACCCUUUGUUCACCCUGACAACAUUGUCAUCCAAAAUUCAAACAUCUGCUGUUACGCGCUUCAAUGUAAACAGACAAAAUGUUUGGGAGUGCACCAUCAGAAAACUUAAAAAGAAAGAUUUUAUGCCAUUUAAUGACCUUCUUAUUAAGUUUUCUGAUUAUUAUGGAGAAAUGGAAGAAGGGAUUGACCAAGGUGGUCCCAAGAGGGAAUUUUUAGAUCUUUUGAUGGAGUAUACCCUCAACUCCUCACUGUUUGAAGGAUCUCUGACAUCCAAAUACUUGUCGUGGAACAAAAAAGCAUUUGACAAUGAUGACUACUACUAUGCGGGAAUAGUCAUUGGAUUAUCUCUGGUUCAUGGAGGUCCAGCGCCUCGAUGCUUUGAUCCUUCAUUUGUUAAAGCACUUCUUAGAGGGCCAGCAUCUGUAAAGGUGACCAUAGAAGAUAUGCCAAAUGAGGAACUAAAAUCAAAAUUAGAAAAGAUCCUUGGAGCCAAAACCCAAAUUUCCAGAGAAAAAUCCAUAGAAAAACUAUCAGGCUUACUAAGUCUUGCAGGUAUAGAUGCAGUCUGUCAAACUGCAGAAGAGACAGAGGCAAUGGUUUGUAGGGUGGUCCACUGGUAUCUCUUUGACAGAUCUGCACAGGCAUACAAACGGUUCUGUGAUGGGCUCAACAGGUUGGAUAUUGUAAAAAAUUUUCAAAGUUUGCAUAAGCUGUUCGUAUACAAGAAGAUCAAGUUUUCAAUAGAAUCUUUUGAAAGCCUUUUUGAAUAUCAGCUUGCAGAAAAAGGUUCAAACCAGAGAAAUGCACAAAAUGUGGUUCUUGGUUGGUGGAGAGACUUUUUAGAAGAAGUAGAAGAAGGUGAUACACCUUUGACUUAUUCAAAGAUCCUUCAUUUUGCCACAGGAGCAAAGGAGCCCCCACCACUUGGAUUUACUCCCAAACCAAGCAUUUGUUUUUGGCAAGAAAAACUGCCCAAAGCAGUUACAUGCACAAAUACUCUCCAUCUACCAACCUCAAAUUCCACCUACAAAGAUUUCAAGAACAGCAUGGAAUUUGGGGUUUUAAAUACUGAGGGAUUUUUGUUAUUCUAA